AUGGGUCAGGCCAAAUCGGCUCAUCGAGCUACCCGGCCCAUGAACAGGUUUAGUGGUAGAAGACUAGUAAAGGGCAACGGGUUUAGUGGUGGUUUGGGUGGAGGUGAUAGUGGACUAGCUGGUGGAGCUGGUGGUGGGUUUGAUGUUGGUGUUGGUGUUGGUGUUGGAGCAAGUGGGGGACUUAGAGCUGAAGUUAGUGGAAGUGAUGGACCAGGCCAGGCCGGUGGUGGCUUGGGUGGAGGUGAUAGUGGACUAGGUGGUGGAGCUGGUGGUGGUUUUGAUGCUGGUGUUGGUGCUAGAGCAGGUGGGGGACUUAGAGGCGAAGUUAGUGGAAGUGGUGGGCUUUGGUGGUGGUGA